CUUAAAUUGUUACAAUUUAUAACUCAUAUUUCAUAUUUCACAUUUCCUUUUAUAAUUCAAUUCCAUUCCCACAUCCUCAAAUGGCAGACGACAAUUCACAAAAAGAUAUCAUAUACACGACGUACGAGACCGAGACAGACCUCCUUCCAGCAAUACCGCUGAUUGAAGCAGACCUCUCAGAGCCCUACUCGAUCUACACAUACCGGUACUUUGUGCAGCAAUGGCCCGAGCUGUGCAUUCUGGCACAUAGCGCUGUGACAAAGGAGUGCGUCGGCGUGGUAAUCUGCAAGAUGGAGGAUCACCGGCGGCGCAUGGUGGACGGGUACUUUGACGACGAAAAGACGGCGUUGAUGCGCGGGUAUAUUGGGAUGGUCGCUGUGGACAAGAAGUAUCGCAAGCGCGGCAUUGGCAGCUCGCUGGUGAUCAGGGCGCUGGCGCAGAUGCAGCGGAUGGGCGCCGAUGAGGUUAUCCUGGAGGCCGAGGCGGACAACAGGGGCGCGCUGGCCAUGUACGAGGCGUUGGGCUUUGUGCGCGAGAAGCGGCUGCACCGGUACUAUAUGAGCGGCAUCGACGCGUUCCGGCUGAAGCUGUGGCUAUAAGCGAGGA